AUGAACGAUCUAGCCCAGAAGAUUCUUAGCAAUCCCAUCGAGAACUAUCCAGCUGCCACGGUGGCUUGUUUCGAUCCGACCUGCGGCGAUCUUCCGCGGCGAAAACUGGACGAAGAUCGCCUGGUCAGCUAUCUCGAAAAGCUGGCCGCCGCUGGUGCGGAAGCGGUCUUGCUGGCAGCUUCCACAGGGCAUGGCCAUCUGCGUACCGUCGAAGAAUUAGAACGGUGGUUUGAAGUUGCCGCGAAAGCCAACGCUCCGUCGCUGGUUCGUAUGGCGUUGCUACGUCCCGAAGAUGGACCUGAGGCAAACGAGAAGCUAGUCGCGCUUUUGCGGGAACAUAAUUACCCUGUCGUGUUCGUUCGUCCCGGAACCAAUCUUCCGGCCCAUGCCACCGACGCCCAGAUCGUCGAGAACAUGCGUCCACUCGUCGAGAUGAUCGCCGCCGCAGGCAUGGCCGUGGGCGUUUACUCCAUUCCCGAUGUCAGCGGCGUUCCGCUUCCUGCGACGGCGACGGAAAAGCUUUUCGAUCUGCCUGGUGGCGACGCGAUUGUGGCCGCGAAGAUUACCGAAGCAGACUACCUGAAAAGCACUCGCGAGUAUCUCCUCAGCCCACGGCUGGCCAAGCUAAAGAUCGUGCAAGGCUGGGAUCCUCACCUGGCUCAAGCACUCAGCGAAGGACCACGGUCCAACAUCGAAAACAAGCAGCGAGUCGGGAUUACGUCUGGCCCGAUGUCGUUUGCGGUUUACCAAUACUUGUACAUGCUGGACGCCGCCCAAGAGCAUGACUGGGACGAACUCGCGCUGUCCCAAAAAGCGGUCACUGCACUCUUUCAAGCGAUGCAGGACGAUCCGACCAAGUUUGCCGAUCUGCAGCGAGCCAAAUUCAUCAUGGGCUUAGGCCUGCCGCUAACGGCCAGCCUGGAAACCGAAAAGAUCGAACGCGUCCUGACCGCCCUCGAAGAACUUCCCCGCAAAUCAGACCAACGCCGCCUGGCCAAAAGCCUCGACCUCAUGGGCGACGGCGAAUGUAGUCGUGCCAAUGAGAAGGAACGCUAUCCUCGUGGUAAAUCGCCUCAACGGGACAUUCUGGCUCGCAAGCCGCACAGUCGAUGCAUGACUCUGGAUCGAUAA